CGAUCUGUAUAUUAGAACAGUUGUAGGCUGUAGCAUUGUGAACGGUGGCUCCUAAUGGGACCGUCGCUUUUUUAUUAAUUUUCAUAAUUUUAACGUUACAAACUUCAUAGUUCCUAGUUCCUUCUUCCUUCUACCAAGUAUCGAGCGCAAUUGCACAUAGCAUAUUGCAUAAACACAAAUCACUCGUGUCUGCUACCGAGUACCGGCGUUAUUGUACAUAUCAUUUUUUAUGAAAAUUAAUACUAGAAAAAUAAAACAUGUUAUAUUAUCCUACAUAUUUUGAAUGUUAUCCUCGUAAAUUGAUGACAUUAACGUUUAUAAUCCAAAAUGAUGAGGUCUUAUUGGGUAUGAAAAAUCGUGGUAUGGGAAAAGGUAAAUGGAAUGGAUUUGGCGGCAAAAAGGAACCCAAUGAAUCAAUUUUUGAUGCUGCUAAACGGGAGGUAAAAGAAGAAUGUGGAUUGGAUGCCAUAUCUAUGAAAAAAAUUGGUUUUAUAGAUUUUGAGUAUGUUGGAUCAAAUGAAAUUUUGGAAGGUCAUAUAUAUUUAUGUGAUAAAUUUAAAGGUCACAUAGUUGAAUCAGAUGAAAUGGCGCCAAUAAAGUGGUUCAAAAUUAAUCAAUUUCCGUUGGACAACAUGUGGGUUGAUCAUAAACUUUGGUUUCCUAUGGUAUUAAAACAAAUUCCAUUUAAAGCACAUUUUAAGUAUUUAGAUGAUGAUACCAUCGUGGAUAGUACCAUCAAAUUAUUAAGAAUUUUCAAAAAGACCAAGGAAAUUUGGGUUAAUGUUAUUGUUAAAAAAGAUAACAAAAUACUUAUUUCUAAUAAUCUUGAAGAAUCUAAAAUCUUUAAGCGGCAUCAAUAUGUUAAAAAAGGAGAGUCUUUGGAAAAUGCAGCCUUAAGUUAUUUAAAAAGUAAUUAUGAAAUAACUACUGAGGAGGUACCAAAGAUAGCUGUUAUUAAUGUUGAACUCACUGAUAACUAUUCUAUACCAUCUAUAAUUCAAGAAAUUCAUAUGUUUGUUAUGGACGUUUCAAAACUAAAAAAAUUCACACAAUCAAAUGAUUAUCGAUGGACCAAUAUAAACAACGCACAAUUUUUUGCAGAUAAAAAGUUUUUGUCAACAUUAUGUAAGAUGAAACCAUUUAAAGCAUAUUUUCUUAUGGACAAUGAUGACGUUUUAUGUAGCAAAUAUUACAACAAUUAAUCAACAUCAACUACAGUGUUAUAAGCUUACAAUUAUUUAAACAUUUUGGACUUAGAUUAUUUAAAUAUAUCUUAGAUUAUUUAGAUAUAUGGACUGCUAUUUACAUUAGGUUUAGAUCGUAUUGUGCAGUUUAAUUUUUUUUUAAAAGAAAGUAAUUAUUUGUUUUUGUAUCAGAAUAGGUCUACAUAAAUAUAGAGGUUAUUUGGAAUUUGACAUUGUUAUCUGGCCUCUGGGAAUAUUGUACAGUAAAUUAUAUGUUUUAUAAUGAUAUUUGUGUUACAUGAA